AUGCAGCUGUUCUCCUCAGCAACAUCGAGAAGUCGUGCUCAUGCAGAUCUUAAUCCUCUCAUUCAAUUUAAUGGCCUGGUCGGAUGUGCAUCCUGCAGCCAAUGCCGUCGAGGCCAAGAAACAAACCAAUUGUGGCGUUCGUCGUCCCGCGCGCGGGAUGUUUUCAGGCAGCCGAGAGGGCAUCGUCAACUCCACUACGGUGCUCGGCAGCUGCUUUUGUCCAGCUAUCAAACUACGGCGGGAAUUGACAAAACAAAUGUCAUGAAAUCUCCUCAAUACAUUGAAGCAGCGUUGGAAUCUUUCUAUUUACAGCUAGAGCGAGUAUCUCACUCGGCGCCACUUUUCACGUUGGAGCCGGGGGAUACACUCCAGCUGUAUCAUCCAAAGCGGUAA